GUUCGCAGCAGAUUACUAUAUUACGACAGCCUGAAGCCGACGUGCUUGAAGACCGACCAAUAAAGUCAACAGUUUACACCCGGGGUUUGGCUACACCUGCUCAUGAAGGUUUGGGCUGCUUUUAUCUCCGAAACUACUCUGUGGCGUGGUGCCGUGCUGUGCCAUGUGUUUAAGUGGGCAGCCACUGUGCUCAGGCAGGAGCCGUGUGCGAUCUAACUCCUCUGUUGAGGGCUGCAGCUCAAGCUCUCAAUAUGCAUUCUGUGCCCUGGGUGUGGGCCUAGUGGCACUUGGAGUUAUCAUGAUUCUGUGGAGUGUGGUGCCACUGGAGAUGCGUUCGAAUAACACAGGUUCGCAAAAUGAUGGUGUUGCUAUUGAUGAAGCUAGGCAGAAGACCUCGUCUGUGGCUUUUGUUCUGGUUGGAGCUGGACUUGCCUUGCUGCUGUUGGCUGUGUGCCUGGGAGUGCGAAACAAGCACAGGAGAAACAGGGGGACAACUACAGCCACUGGUACUCAGUAUACAGACCGUGUGGUAGGAGAAUCAGGAGAGACCCUAGCACCUGCCCCAAACUAUGAUGUGCCUACCUACGAUGAGGCUGUGACUAGUGGCCGUUAUCCUAUUCGCCAGAGUAACUUCCGCCAGAGUACCUCACAGCUCCCUUCUUAUGAGGACCUGGUUGCUGCAGUGGAGAAUGAAGGAGAAGAAGCAGGUGCUGUAAACAAUCAAAAUGCUUUUUCUCCUGGUCAUGAUGUUGGUCCACCAGCAGCUGGAACAAAUGCCCAGCCGGCCCGUAGCAGCAGUCGAGCUAGCUACAUCCUCAGACCCCUCCGUGUGCGCAGAAUUAAAUCGGAGAAGCUCCAUGUCAAAGAUAUCCGGCUGAAAAUCCAGAGCCCUCCACAAGGAGGACGAGUGACCAUUGAGCCCAUGACACCUCCACCACAGUAUGAGGACAAAGUGCUUGAGUUCCCCAAAGAAACUGUGUGAUUGUAUGAACUGUGUAUGAACACUGUCAUGGUUGAUAUGUCUCUUCAUCUGUGCUGUUGAUGAAAUUGCAGUGUGUAUGGCUUUAAUACACUGGUAUAGGUCUGAUUCAAAGUAUUGCUAUAAUUGUGAAAUGGUAUAUUUAAUACUUCUUUUGAGUGUAAUAAUCCACAAGCUCUGUGUUGCUUCUAGAACAAAACACUAAAGAGGUGAUUACCUUUUUUUUUAAAAUCUGUGUAUGUUUAUUUGGUUUAAACAACAGUGCUCUUUGGCAUUGUGUAGAUGAUUUAGUAGUGACUUUGUACUGAUUUAGUAGUGAUCUAUGAUCAACUCAGUAUAUCAAUCAAAGAGACCUCUGUCAUCACAUCUGUACCCCUUUCUCAGAUGGUGGCUGUCUACCUUGCUGUGCGUUUAUCAUUACAGGGGGCUUUAAAGGGCAAGCUUGAAUGAACAUGUUAAUUUACUGAACAAUGUAUAGUAUUAGCAAGUUAUCGUUUGCAUAAGGGGAAUAAUCUGCAACACUACACAAUUAUAUUACAAUACACAUUGUGCUGUCAUGUCUAAAGAAUUUUUUUUUUUUUUGGAAAAGUAAUAUACAGUAUCUACACCUCAAUGUGUGAUCAGAUUUAAGGAAAAAUCAUUAAUUUUGAAUGUGGCUCUUAAAAUAAAAGUAUCAUUUGUUUUUUAUUAUCUGACACUGGGUUGGUAGGGGGUGUGACUAAAAGUUUUUGGGUCUUGUAUGUAAUAAUAAAUGUAUGUGUUUUCUUUGUUCA